AUGACGGCUGUCCGCCUCUUGCUGGAGGACUCCGCAGAUAAGAACCAAGCCAACACUAGUGGAGCAACCCCGUUGUUGAUGGCGUGCCAGCACAACAGUGUUCCAGUGGUGCGCCUGCUGCUGGAGGCAAGAGCGGAUCAGGACCAACGCCUCAAUUGCGGAGCGGCCUCCCUCGUCCUAGCCUGCAGGCGCAACUUUCCCGAGGUCACGCAUCUCUUUCUGAAGAGUGAGGUCGAGGUUGAGGUGGACGAGUUAGAGUCUGGUCCACCCCCUCUGUUCAUUGCUUGCAUCCGGGGUCAUGCGAAGGUUGUGCAGCUACUUUUGCAGGCCCGCGCCAACCGGGACCAAUGUACCGGUGGCAUGUCCUGUUUAGAUAUUGCCCAAGCACAAGGGCAUUCACGUGUGGCGGACCUGCUGCUAAAGUGCAAAGGGUCCAGCUGUCAAAGCAGAUAG